GUACACAUUUUCAAGAUGAUACUUUUCCACCUAAUGAUUCUUCAAUCUGGAAAUCAAGGCUAAAUCUUUCAAAAUCGACUCAUCAACCAAUAGAAUGGAAAAGAUGUAAGCUUUCAAAAAAUCCACAUUUAUUUAUCCUCGACAAUGGAAAAUUAAAUACUGAUGUAUUAAAUAAUAACAUCAAUAGUUCUUGGUUAGUAUCGGCAUUGGGUGUUUUAGCUGCUCAUCCAAAUUUACUUCAUAAAGUUGUACCUAAUUGGAUUGAUCAAGAUUGGUGUCAUAGUGACGAACCUGGAAAACAAUUGGGUGUAUAUAAUUUUCGAGAUACUGAACGCCAUCCAGUAGUUGUAGAUGAUUAUCUUCCCACAAGAAAUAAUCAUCUAAUAUUUUCUCGUUCUAAAAACCCAAAUGAGAUGUGGUGUUCUCUUUUAGAGAAAGCUUAUGCAAAACUAUGUAAAUGUUAUGAGGCAUUAGAAGCAGGAUCUGCUUCAGAUGCAUUAGUUGAUUUGACUGGAACUGUUCCUGAAACAAUUGAAUUAAAAUCUGAUAUUGAUGAUGAUUGCCAUGAUGAUGUUUUAAAACAAAUGGGUGAUAAAAAAUUCAUAGCAAUGUUGCAACUUGCUAAUAACACAGGUGCAUUAAUGAGUUGUUCUAUUAAUGCUCUUGAGGGUGAAAGAAAGCAAGAAAGAUUACCAAACGGAUUAGUGAUUGGGCAUGUGUAUGGAAUUACAGGAAUGGCAAAUAUAAAACCAAGUAUUUUUAAAAGAAAUAAAGAAAUUGUUCUUAUAAAAUUACAUAACCCAUGGGGUGAAGUUGAAUGGAAUGGUAGAUGGUCUGAUAAUUCAUCAGAGUGGCAAAAAAUUAGUAUUUCAAAAAGAAAUAAAUUAGGCUUUAAAAUAGCAGAAGAUGGCGAUUUUUGGAUGUCAUUUGAAGAUUUUACAAAAAAUUUUUCUACAUUAGUAAUUUGUCGUCAUCUCAAUACAUCAUGGUUUACAUUAGGGAAACGUUGGUAUGGUACAAUAUUGCAUGGUAGAUGGUCAAUUAAGAAUAAAACAGCUGGUGGAUGUAUAAAUAACAUAAAUACUUUUUAUGAAAAUCCACAAACAGAAAAGGUUACAAUAGGUUUUAUUUGUCUUAAAAUUGAAGAGAAUCGUAAAUAUCGAAUUCAUAAGUCAACAUAUGAAACUGUAGGCUCUGUAACUUACAAAAAUGUGCGUGAAGUUACAACAAGGAUGACACUUAAUAGUGGACAUUAUGUUUUAAUACCAUCAACUUUUAAUAAUGGAAAAGAGGCAUCCUAUUUCCUAAGAAUAUUCUCUACAAGACCAAUAAAAAUUAGACAAUUAAUUAAAGAUGUACCUCCCAAAAAAUGGUAUGAUCCUAUUAUAUAUUUUGGGAAAUCAUAUUAUGUUGGAAUGGUGAGAAUACAAAUCAUUAAAGGAGAUUUUAAGAGGGAAGUUAAUAAAGGUUAUGUUAGACUAUCUUUUUUUGAUCUAAAGUCUAGGGUUUCCAAAUGUUAUGAAACUAGACACUUUAAAAAAUCAUAUGAUCCAGAAAUUAAAACUGAAUAUAUAUUUUAUGUAAGAGACCCACAAACAGCAGGGUUUUUACUUCAACUAUAUCAAUCAAGAGCGUUUAAAAAAGAUGAAAUGUUGGGAGAGAUGAGAUUAGGAAUAGAUAAUUAUUCAAAAAUGGAUAAAAUAGGUAAAACAUGGGAAGUAACUAAAACACUAACAAAAGUAGUUCGUUUACCAAAUCCAAUUGGUAUUUUUACAAGUCAAGAGGUAGAAGCUACACAAGAAGCCAAGAAUACAAAUCAACAAAUUAAUUCAGUAAAUGAUUAUAACAAUUAUAAAAGUCAGAGUCAAAAUAAUAAGAAAUAUAUGAUUGGUGGUUUUCCUGUUUCAAAAAAAAACAAUGAAGUUAUUAGUGGUGAAAAUAUUUUAAUUCCACAAGUUGUUGAUUCUGGAAUUG